UGGGCAAGGGUGAAGGAAAAAGCUCUGCCGUGACACCUUAAGCCCAUUAAUUUCUCGGUCGCCAGGGGAGACGAUGCUUCUCUCCGCAUCACCGACGGAUUUGGCAAAUUGAAAAGGAAGGAGAGGCAGGAAAAGCACAAAUCCCGCCUGCCUACAGUGUUGGGAUACCUGCUGGCAGCUUGGUUCCGCUGGGUAGUAAAGCUCAGAUGCCGGCAAGGGAGAAAAGGCUCUGACGGCUGAGGCAACGCUACCAGAUUUCAGGGGAGGGCAAGACCUGAUUCGUGUUUGGUGACUUGGCGGGCCCAACUUGACUCCCUCCAUUGUACGCUCCGGCUGGAAUUAACGUCCACUUUUCCAUCAAGACCUUCGGAUCGCCUUCCUAAUAGAGACCUCUGAGGUGGCCCCUUGGGAUUUUCGUUGGCCUCCUAAAAGAGGGCCUAGAUGAUCGAGGUUGCAUCUAAAUCUGUUGUGCGGCAACGUCCAUAAUAUCUAGACCACCAGCCUCUAUCUAGGAUCACCUCCAUUCUCCUUCCUUGGCUGCAAAACCCAUUCCGGACUGCUCUCCCUACCCCCAUCCCUUUCCCAUCCGCCAGAGCCAUCGCAGCUGUGGAGAUGGCCUUGCAUUGGGCGUUGCUCUGCCUCAUCUUCUCCCCACUGAUGCCGGCCACUGAAUACGGCUUGCCCAAAUUCAUCUGCAGCCCUAUGCCUCUGGAUAUGGACAACGGCUGCCAGUCAGCCAGCCAGCAGCGACACGGAGCAGGGGCUAACAGCGCGGGAAAUGGGCACUGGGUAGGGACUCUUGAGGAAGCCAAGGAAACCAUCCUGCACCUGCGGGAGACCGUGGUGCACCAGAAGGAGACAAUCUUGGACCAGCGGGAGACGGUGCGGGAGUUGACGGCCAAGCUGAGCCGCUGUGAAGCCCAUUCCCGGAGACAUGUUGGGGAGCACCAUGGUGGUCACCAUGAAGAGAACCACAGCCAUGGGCAUGGGCAUCACGAGGGAGUUCACAGAGGCCACCACGAGGGUGGGCAUCGGACCCACCAUGAGGAUGGUCACAGGGGACAUCAUGAGAAUGCACACCAAGGCCACCGCGAGGAUGGGCAUCAGGGCCACCAUGAAGAAAGUCACAGGGGACACCAUGAGGCUGGGCACCGAGAUCCCCAUGAAGGCAUCCAUGCCCGGGAGAACGAGUACCACCAUUUUGGUCAACGGGAGCACCAUGAACUACAGGUGGGGCACAGCACCCAUGAUGCCUUUCGCAAGGGGGCUGCCGCUGCCAACACCAUGGAGGACCCACCCAAGGAGACAUCUGGGGUGAACCAGAUGGAGAGGAUGCUGGAAUCCCUCAAGGAGAGACUGGAGCACCUUCAGCACAAUCGGAACAGCUCUGUCUUUUCCACGUCCCUGCGCGAUGCUCUCCAGAAAAAGAUAAGCAUCUUGGAGCAUCAGAUCCACGAGAAAUCAAACACCUCUGAGCAUCACAUGGUGGGUGUGCCAACAGCAGCAGGGCUCAGGCACAAGCACGUCUCUCAUGGGCACAGUGUUGAGAAAGGAAACAAGGUGGAGAAGCAGUCUGAGGAUUUCCGGGUGGGCUUCCCCCUCCGCACUAACUACAUGUACGUCAAAGUGAAGCGUACGCUCCAUCACGAGAUCUUUGCCUUCUCCAUCUGCCUCUGGCUCAAGUCCAGUUCAGCACCGGGAAUGGGCACCCCUUUCUCAUACUCUGUGCCAGGCCAGGCCAACGAAGUGGUGCUCAUCGAGUGGGGAAAUAACCCCAUGGAACUGCUGAUCAAUGACAAGGCUGCCACAUUACCACUGGCCAUUAAUGAUGCUAAGUGGCACCACAUCUGUGUGACCUGGUCAACCCGGGAUGGCAUUUGGGAGUCUUACCAGGAUGGAGUCCGGAGAGGGAGCGGAGAGAACCUGGCUCCCUGGCAUCCGGUGAAGCCUGGGGGUGUUUUCGUACUGGGCCAGGAGCAGGACACUCUGGGUGGCCGCUUUGAUGCCACUCAAGCCUUCAUUGGGGAAAUCUCAGAUUUCAACAUGUGGGGCCACAUCCUGACACCAGGCGAGGUUUACAAGAUGGCUACCUGCACCAGCUACGCCGGUGGCGACAUCAUCAACUGGGCCGAAGCCUCCAUGGAGCUUCACGGAGGAGUAGUCAAGCUACCAUUUAAUGCCUGCCACUGAGAGGCUACAAAGGAAGAGGGACUUCUGGGUUCUUGAGAGGAGAGUGAAAUCUAGAGGGUGGGGCUGGGCACAAGCCCCCCAGGAUUUUCUGGAGAGACAAAGAUACCUAGUGGUUUUUUGUUUUUUAUAAAAGAGGGUAGGGUUUGGAAAAUAAUGGGGACCUUUCCAUUUGGGACAAAGGUACUCCUGGAUCUCUUAGGAGAGGGUGGGGUGUAUGUAGCCAAGCUUUGUGCAGGGAGAUCUUCGGAUCUGGAAUCUAGCAUGCCUGGAUUUUCAACAAGGGUGCCUGAUCAAAAUUUUACAUUUAAAAAGUAAGCAAACAUUUGGAGCAUUGAUGUCUGCUCUGUCGAGGUGAGGGACUUUUGUCCCAACUGUAAAAUGGCGCCAUCAUGUUUUGGAAUGGAGCACUUCCUUAAUAUGUGAAGUAAAUGGAAACGGCAUUCUCAUGGUGGAACAUAAAGGUAGAUGCAUGUAAAAUAUAGGAGACUGCUUACAUAGGUCUUUUGUAAGGCCUUAAUAGCACAGCAUUGGUUCAUUGGGAAGAUGAUUGGAAAUAGAUUAUCCAAUCUCUGGCAAACUGAGUUUCCCAACCACCUCUAAAUCUGUUUUUAAAUAGUAGCUUUCUUCUGUUGCCUUUGUGAAAUAUGCUUGGCAGGAAUUGGAGGGAAAGUUAGGUCCUUUUUUUUUUUUUUGGUCUUGGAGAUCUCUAACACUCCCUCCUCAGUUCAGAAGACAAGAUCUUGUGUUGUUGUUUUUUACUAAACUAAAUAGCCAUUUGCGAACUCAAACCUCAGCUUAUCUGCUUCCUCUAAACAGGAAGACCUCCGUCCCUCAUCCCAAACAUACUGACCAAUUAAAUACACCCUACACAUCCUAUUAGGAGAGUUAAAGUUCUGUGUGUCAAUCUUAGCCCGUCCAUGAGUUAUCCCAAAACUUGGUGGAGCCCGCUUCCGAAACCAUUGUUGAUUUUAACAUCUCCUUUCCGCUCCUUGGGAACAACUUCCAGGAUCUAGACCUUCUUAUAAGAUUUGGGGAGGAUCUGUAGGAAUAUUUUGCUCUCUUUGUCAAUAUGUAUAAAACGUGUGCCUCUACACUGAUGCUUCUCUCCUUAGGUGGAUUCACAUGACCAUUUUUCUAAAGGUUUUUAACCCAAUUCCACUAGUUUGCGUAUCUUAGGCUAAUUUGUAAAUAUUUCAAGAUAUGUUCAUCAACAUCAAGAAAAUCAACUGUUUGGGGGAAAUUAUUCCAAAUGUGUAAUGUAGACAUGGGCUGAAUGAAACACAAAAGCCAUGGGCCAAAGUCUAGAAGCAAGCUGAUAUGUGGGUUGAUGGGAUUCAGUCAGAUUCUGGAAACACCAUAAAUCCAUAAUGCACAUCACCAUAAAAACAUAUUUUGUUGUUGUUGGCAGCUCAGAUUUUGAUGCGCUGCAACAAAGGGAAUACCUGGGUACUACAUUUGCCCAUAUAUACAAACCCCAGUUCUGUGCUUCACAUUCUCAACCCUCAUUACAGUUGACACUCACAACAUGCACAUUAGAACACAGGAUGAUGGAAGACACAGACCAGGUAGAAAAUAAGUGCUUGGUCACAUGGAGAAUGCCAUGAACUAGUCUCAUACACACAUUCGACACAGAUUAACUGCAAAAACACAGUAUGUGCUGGAGAAAAACAAUGGCAAAAUGGUUGUACGGAUCUGUAUUGAUUGUCAUUUUAGUAAAUGUAGGGCAAUAUAUUGGACCCCUCCAUUAUAAAUAGAAAGAGGAAUACAACUACGUUGUGGAUAAGAGUAUAAAAGUGAGGUCCAGUGCAAGAGAGCAGGUGUGCCUAGAAGCAAGGAUGUCCAAAAUCUCUGGAGGAGACAUUGGGUGGCUGCCUACACCAGGUGUGGGGAACCUUUGCCUCCCCACUCCAAUACUGGUGAACUACGACUCCCAUCACCCCUGGCCAUUGACCAUGCUUGCUGGGGCAGAUGGGAGUUGUAGUUCAGUAGAAUCAGGAGCGGCAAAGAUUCCCCACACUUGAUUGGGACUGCAAGGGAGAAAGGGCUGAAAGAGAUGUGAUGUUGGAAUUAAAUCAAUUUGAAGCAGCUAGCUUUAUCCAUUGCAGAUCUACAGUAAUAGCAGAUCAGGAAUAUCUCACAUCACAUCUGUUUUGGCUUUCAAGGGAGGGGCCUAGAAGCCAGAAAUCCUAGGUUUGUUGGAAUCAGUGAAGGAUGCAGACCAGAGUUUUAAUGUUUGCUCCAAAUAAACACCAAAUGUCUUCUCUUGUGUAUGUGUGUACAUAUAUAUAUAUAAACUUAGCAUAGGUUUUUCUAUCACUCUCUCUCUCUCUUUGUAAAUACUGUUUUUUUCCUGGGCUUUGAUAGCGUUCAUUUGUGGAAUGGGCGUAGCUACAUGGGGGUAUGAUGUUAAUUGUCUUGAAUUUUCAUACUUCAAACUGGAUGCAAUAAACCUGCCAAAGAAACUGCAACCCUU